AUGUCUUCAUCUCAAGCAGAUGAUGGUAAUCGUUUUAUUGGACGUACAAAGCAAGUGGAAGAUCCGGUUAUGAAGAAUUUGCGAAUCAAGGUGAGCGGCCUUAAACGCAAUAUAAAGGAUCUGGAAUUUGCCAAAAAGGAGGUGGUUCGUGAAACAACUCGUCUGGAGACUAUAAAGCAAAGUGAUCCGGAUCGUGUUCCACAGCAACAAAAUGUUCUUGAGGAAGCACAGAUGAUGGUGCCCCACUCAGAAAACAGAAUUAGGACGGCCAUUAAAGAUCUCAGAGAUUUUUUGAAUGAAGAAGAUCUGAGUAAUAAGGAUGAUGCACUGGUACAGAGUGCACAUGAAGCCUUAGAGGCAGCAGAUCUUGCUCUGUCUCAGGCAUAA